AUGAUCCAACAUGUUCUUGAGCGCAGUGAAACUGUGAAAGACUUAGGUAUCUACUUUGAUCAACAUCUAACCUUUAAUGAGCAUAUCAAUCAAAUCAUAUCAAGUGCUUACCGAACCUAUGGCUUCAUUAUCAGGAAUUGUAAAUCUUUUGACGUUUUGACUUUGCAGACAUUAUACUUUAGCUUGGUUAGGUAUAAGCUUGAAUAUGGAUCUUUGAUAUGGAGUCUGAUUUACAAGCAGUAUAUUGAUGUUGUUGAUAAACUUCAAAAGAAAUUUUUAAAAUUUUUAUGUUUUAAGAUCGAUGGCAUAUAUCCUACUAGAGGUACAGAAUACAACAUCCUUCUUCAUAAAUUUGGCAUUCAAUCCUUAGAACAACGGCGAAAUAAGGAAACAUAA